AUGGCCAUGGCCUUCAAGCUCAAGACAGCUAUAAUCCUCAUCUUCUCUCUGGCCAUGAAACAGACAGAACAUUCUGCAGAAGCUUCCACGUCUGUCUUGCCUUGCCUGGAGAGAUUCCUUCCAUGCCAAUAUUACAUGCAUGAUUUGAAUCCUCCAGACUUCUGCUGCAUGCACCUGAAGGGAAUGAUGGCCUAUGAUCCUAAUUGCAUUUGCUCAGUCUUUAGAAAUGAUAAUAUCCUACGCGCAUUGAACACUACCACGUUAGAAGCUGCAAAUCUGACCGCCAAUUGUGGACUGAUCAAGCCUGACUUCAAGAUCUGUGAUGAUAAAUCGACUAGCAGUAUUACUCUUGGAGAAAACUUGAGAAAUGCUAAUGUUUUCAUCUGGGUUUCAAUUUCAUUAUUGAUAAUGGUUGGAUUAAUGUAA